AUGUCGCGCAGUCAAUGGCUCUGCGGCCUCAUUCUCCACGUCCAUGGCCGCGGCGUGCCUCGUGGACCCUCCUCGUGGGACUUCAUCAACGCCGUGAAGUUCCGUAGCGCUUGA